AAUGCGCAAGUGAAAUGCACAGAUAGUUUUGAAUCUUGUCAAAAAGUAUCUGCCAGAGUGGAGAAAAUAUGGAUGCUGUUAGAAAUAUUGUGUUUAUCGCUGUGUUAAUCUCUGUUUGUGACGGAACUUAUUUUUUCAAACAUAAGAAACAUAUUUUCUCGCCGAUUCAUCAUUUUCCUCACGUGCAUCCUCACCCUCACCCUCACCCCCAUUUCCACCACCAUCCUCACCCCCACGGAGUGGAGGAACACGGACCCUUCCACAAGUUCCACGGAUUUAAGCACGUGAAGACGAUUAUUUAUCCCAAAAUCCUGCCUCUUCCAAAACCAGUGAUGUACAAAACCUUUCUGAUGCGGAAAUACAGUCUACCCCCCAACUUUCAUGUGCAUAUACCUCUGAAUAAGAAAAUGUAUGGACAUGCGCACGGUCCAUUCAAACCGCACACCCACUACGCUGACAAACCGAUGUAUUUGAAGAAAAGGAAAAUGAAAAAAUUAUUCAAACCGAAAUUACCAUAUUCUGGAGGGUACGGGAAGUAUCCUGUUGGUAAGGGGUUAUCAUACGGAACUAGAGGGAAAAUUCCGCGCAUGCCCGGUUCAGUUAUGCAACCGCAAACAAAUAUGUUUUUGCCUACGGGAAUUUUACCCCCUUCUACAUUCGUACCCUCAAAGAAACCUGGAGUAAAUAAAUAUGAACUGUGGUUGCGGAAAAUUAAUGAGUGGAUGUUGAGAAACAAGAAUACUGCAAAGGGGGUUCCUCUGAAAGUGAACAACAGGCGGGUCGUUAAUACAAUACACAACAAUGUUCCUUUUGCUGUUCAGAAACCCAUCAUUCAAAAGCCAAGAACAAGGAAACAAAAUAAGGGUAUCAUUGCCAACUUUGUGGUUGUAAAGCCUCCGUUCGUCAGGAAAAGCGAGGAACCAGCUGGUCUUGGAAUUCCCGUGUCGGAAAAACCUAAAACAUUGAUAACCAACAGUAUACUGGAAACUCCGAAACUGCAGAAUAUGGAACUGCAGCCUACAGCUCCAGUUGUGGGAAUUCCUAUAAAUCUUGACAACAUUGGACCACCGUUUGAUAUCAAUGUAAUCGGUGACCAGGGCCAAAGCGCCCUACCACCGCCGAUUGAUAUUGUUAAUGAUCCCGCCCCUGGCACUGUCGGAGGAGGGGAUAUGAUAGAUCUUGGGCUCCCCAUUGAUUUGACCCCCGAGUCUUUCGGACCACACCCUGCAACCCCACCAAAUAUACUGGUGGAUGGAAUACCAAAAGAACCAACAUUGAAUAGCAUUGUUCCACUGCCCGGAAAUCUGAACGAAUUAUUAACAGACGUCGCUGAUUUGUCCCACUUUCCAAAAUUAGAUCUGAGUAACGAGCCCCUGAUCAUAGAGCCUGUAGGCCCCGUACCGCCGGCGAGACUUCCGUUGGAUAUUCAACCAUUCCCAUGGGACGCAUCUGAGAUUCCGUUUCCACCGGAAGUCAUUCCACGGAGUUCCAAUAAGGAAAAAGAACCAUAUGUAAUGAAACCACUUGAACCAAUCAUAAAAAUCAUCGGUAGAGAUCGAGUAAAACGUAAGAAUGAAACAAUAUUUGUCCCCAAGCCCGCAUUAAACGACACGGAACCCUCUUACAUAAUCAAGGACAGCUCGGCUGAAUCAGACACGAUAUCGACAACUGUACCUCAAACACAGCCCACGACAACGACAGCUCGGUACCGGACAACAACUCUAACCCUUCCGCCGCUCCCUGUCAUGGAGAUCAGAGAGUUCGAACACCUGGCCGUCUCACCUGAACCGACAACAACGACCCCACAGAGCACGGAGUCACCACUACCACCCUCCUCUGAUGUCCCGCUACCAGAUCCUGGAAUUCUCUUCAAUGGCACGAAAGGAGACGGACAACACAACCUAGACAUGGUGGACCAAAUCAUAGAAAGGGAGCAGGCGAACGAUACAGCGUUCUUCAAAUAUAAACCUCAUGAGUAUAACAUCUCAUUCCCGUUUUUGAUUUUACAUGGACCAAACUCAGGACAAUCACCCAAAGGAUCUCAGUUUGAGACUAAGACAACAACGCCUAAAACUAUUAUUACCACGACCCCAGAGAAAACAAAAACAACUCCAGGUGUACGGCUAUUUACGACAACAAUACCUACACCUGUAAUUAACAAUCAGGUAAAUGAGGAGAUCGUUUUGGAUUUUAUGACAGAUAAAUAUCCCCAAUCUUCUAGAGCUGACGUAGUUCUUGAUUACUCGACUCCAGAUAGAGACACAACAACGCAAACACAACAAGUCAGCACACCAAAAACAACUUCUUCUACUUCCGGUUUGACGACAACCACAGAUCAAGUAACAUCAACAACAGCUACGCCUACUACAACACGAAUUCUUACAAGCCUCAAACCAACAACAACAACAACUAUUAGAUCAACAAGCACAACAGCAGAAGCAACGACCAGUUUGCCGGCAACAACAGCGAGGAUUCCUUCUACUCCAGAGCUAGCGGAGAUGAUCGUAGCCGCCACAUCAGCCACUCAGUCUCCGACCACACAACCAACCCCUAGCACCACAACAGAGGACUAUUACGUGGAAACUGAAACUCCGGUGUACGACUAUGUCACGCAUCCGUACGAGUGGCUGGAUAAUGUUACCUUUGUUUAUGAGGACAUUAGCAACACCACACAGCAGACAACACAGACAAUGGCUGAGACUACAACAACAACAACAACACUGAUUAACGAACCAAGUGAGGAAACACCGACAACAACACAGUCCUCACCGAUCCUGGAGUCCCUGGAGUUUUCAUCUAAACCCACAACAUCCAUGAUGGAAUCCAAAAGUACGAAACAGACGACAACGCCCGAGACAGAAACUCAAACAACGCAGACAACUACCACAAUGACAACAACUACUCAACAACAAGAAUCAUCUCCGAGUACAACUAUUUCAUCAACGGUAACUCCCAGCACUCCUGGAAUCAAAACCACAGCAUCAACAGAGGGACCCAGUACUACCGAGGGACCGAAAAUUUGUCAACAAACUUACUGCAAAAUCGGAUAUGAAUGUACGGAGAAGAGCACGUGGCUUUGUCCACGUGAUGAACCGGAAGCUAACUGUCAGUGCAGCCAGGGCUGUAGAGUAGGGCAGAUGUUUAUACCGCUGGGAGAAUCCUACUACCUAGACGAGUGUGGCAGCUUCUGCUCCUGUUUUAAUCUUUAUGGAAAGGCCGAAUGUCAGAAACUUAAAUGCGUAAACAAAACUGCUGAUGACCCUGUGGGGAAGCCGUCGAACUACACGGGGAUUUCCAUCGGCGGGGUCAUCUACAUCCCCGUGCAGCGAGUUAGGAUUCCCAACAAAAACAAGGAAACACCCUCCGAUGAUGGAUUUACAUACGGAAUUUCCAUCGGAGGCGUCAUAUAUAUACCAAAGAGAAACCACACGAACGAUCCCCUGGAUAAAAACAGCGACUGGACCUCCGGAAUAUCUCUCGGCGGUGUUAUUUACGUACCAUCCCGAGAGCACACGAAUGGGCAUUCUAACAAUGAAAACAUGAUAGACGGAAAUUCCAGCUGGACUAAGGGAAUUUCUAUCGGUGGAAUCAUUUAUGUACCAGUGCAUAAAAGGAAAAAGACUUUUCAAGACAAGAAUAAAGAGUUUGAGAAGAUAUACGAUAAGACGGAGUUUGCCGAUGCCGGUGUAAUUACUGUAGAGUCGCCGUACGGUACCACAAGGGGCAUCACUAUAGGCGGUGUUAUUUACAUACCGAAGCAGAAAAACACGGAAUCUGUUCAGUUUCUCGGUGAAGUACAACCUAAUAGUAAGGACGCAAAGAACGAGACUUCUCCUGUAAAAGUGGAGUACCCACUAGGCUGGUCCAGUGGCAUUUCUAUUGGUGGAAUCAUUUAUGUGCCGGUCCGUCAGCGCAAGCAAGUUCAAGAAAACCCGGUCUAUAAAAUACCCGAAGUAAAAACAAAACCCGACAAGAAAAAUGGCACCCCUUAUUUAACCCGAACUUCCGGUAUACACAUCGGGGGCAUCAUAAACGUGCCAGUGGCCAAACGCUCCUCAGUCAAAUCUCUCAAAAUCAAGAAGAUGGACCCUGCUUUUGGUUGAAAUCUUGGUUAAACCCAACUGUGUAUUUUCUUCAAUGCUACAAACUUCACUAUGCUGGCACAGUCCCAUUUUGUGUGUUAUUUAUUUGUAUGUGAUAUUAUCAUUCGUGUUUUUAUCAUGCUCUUUUGAAAUCCUUUUGUAAUAAAACAUUAUCAAUACGAAA